CAUGUAAACAAAUGCAUGUACAUCCGGGUGUCGUACGACUCGAAGGCGGACUCGCUGCUGCACCUGAUGGUGAAGGACUGGGAGCUGGAGCUCCCCACCCUCCUCAUCUCCGUUCACGGGGGCCUGCAGAACUUCGAGCUGCCCCCAAAACUGAAACAGGUUUUUGGGAAAGGCCUGAUCAAAGCGGCGGUGACCACUGGAGCUUGGAUCUUCACCGGGGGGGUCAGCACGGGAGUGAUCCGUCACGUGGGGGACGCUCUCAAAGACCACUCGUCAAAGUCCAGAGGAAAGGUCUGCGCCAUCGGCAUCGCCCCCUGGGGAAUCAUCGAGAACAAGGAGGACCUCAUCGGGAGAGACGUGACCCGGCCCUAUACGACCAUGUCCAACCCACUCAGCAAGCUGUCGGUUCUGAACAGCAGCCACUCCCACUUCCUCCUGGCUGACAACGGGACGCACGGGAAGUACGGCGCCGAGGUGCGCCUCCGCCGGCAGCUGGAGAAACACAUCGCUCUGCAGAAGAUCAACACUCGUGAGUCCCACGGAGAAGCUAUUCCUUCCUUUUUCCCCGGCGAGAGGCGGACGGCUCUCCGAUCCUCUCUCCGCGGUGUCGACCUAGAGACGCAGGGAGUGUAG